AUGGCCCCAAUUGGCCUCCGGUCCUCUGUGACCACCCGCGCCAUAUCCCUCCGAUCCUCCCAUCUACGCCAAAUCCCUCCAACACAAUACCCACGAUCCUACUCCAACUCUUCAAAACCCCCCUCCUCAAGCUCAAGCUCAAGCUCAAGCUCCAACGACUCCAUCGCAAGCAGCGCAUCCUCAGCACCAAGCAGUAAACUCAAUGUCUUCAGCAGCGAAUGGGAAGACCUCGACACAUCCAUCAAGUCCUUCGCCGACCUACCACAUCGACUCUUCGGGGCGAACCAACACAUGAUCAUCAACUAUGAGCUAAAGGAAGCUUUGCGCCUUAUGCUGCGGCAGUUCAACGCGCCGAUAAUGUACUGCUUUGCUUACGGCUCUGGUGUCUUUCCGCAGAGCCCUUCCAAGGCUAGUAUUUCGGAAGCAGACUUUCGCGCUGUGCAUCCGAAUCCACCGGAGGCGUUGAUCAAGUCGCAGAAGGGAUCGCCGAAAGUGCUGGACUUUAUCUUUGGUGUGUCGCAUGUUGAGCAUUGGCAUUCGAUAAACAUGAAGCAACAUCGGGAUCAUUACUCGGGACUUGCAUCGCUAGGCUCAGGCGUGGUAUCGCGAGUGCAGAACUGGGGUGCUGGUGUCUACUUUAACCCUUAUGUCGAGGUCAACGGCAUGCUCAUCAAGUACGGCGUCACAAGUAUCGAUAACCUCGUUCGCGACCUUUCUUCAUGGGAUAGUCUAUACCUCGCCGGUCGUCUUCAAAAACCCGUCAAGAUUCUCCGCGACCAUCCUCGCGUCCGACUCGCCAACCAACAUAACCUCAUCGCCGCAGUCCGAACAGCUCUUCUCCUCCUCCCACCACAAUUUACCGAAGCUGAACUCUACAGCACCAUCGCUGGUCUAAGCUAUCUAGGCGAUCCACGAAUGGCCCUCCCAACAGAGAACAAGAGCAAAGUCACAAACAUCGUUGACAACAACAUCAUUCACUUCCGUCGUCUCUACGCUCCUCUCGUCAAGACCCUUCCCAACGUGGACUUUACAGGUGCAUGCCGCAUCGACGACACAGACUGGAUCAUGAACCCCGAAGCCGGCAACACACUCCAACAAGACAUGGAUCCCAAACGUCGCGGUAACAUGGUCAGACGACUCCCCCAAACCUUCCGCUCCCGUCUAUACUUCCAGUACCAAAGACGUUUCGGCAUCCCCCGCGGAGAGUUCAACGAGCUCAUGAAAGCUUCAACGGACGAAGAAGGCGGCGCCGUUAAGAAGAUGCAGGGCGGGGAGUUUGAGCGCCGCAUCGCCACAGACGACGCCCAGAAACUCAACGAAACGGUGCGCAUCGUUAUCAAGCAAACGGUCAACUGGCCAAGUACCGUGCAAAGUAUCAAGGGCUUAUUGAUGGGCGGAUUCUCGAGAACGUGGCGCUAUCUCGGGGAGAAGUAUUCAAAGUACAAGAAGGACCAAGAUAGUAAAAAGAGCAAAAAGGCGUGA